CAUUUUUUUACUUCUGAAAGUGUAAUAAAACUGUAAGGCACCAUGCAACGAGAAGAAAAGCAGCUAGACAUGCUGCUGGAAGCAGUCCUUAACAGGCUCAAUGAUCUGAAGCUCUCGAUCGGGGUGAUGAUACAUCGAUUGGAAACAGAAUACGAGACGAUCAAUUGGCCCACAUUUCUGGACAACUUUGCCCUAAUAUCCAGCCAUUUAACGGGUUUGAUGAAAAUCCUAAGCACCGAAAUCGGAACACCGCUUCGCAACCUUACCGUACUGCCACUAAUGCUUACACCGGAACGGGAUGAAGCGUUGCUUCAGCUAACGGAAGGCAGGGUACCGAUAUUUUCACACGAUCUCGCCCCGGACUACCUUCGCACCAAGCCAGACCCGGGAGCGGAAAGUAGACAGGCGGCACAUGAAGCGAAAGCGAACAACCUAACGGUGGAAGCGAGCAUGAAACAGGUGGCUCAGUACAACAAGGUUAUAUCGCACGUCUGGGACAUUAUCAGCAAGGCGAAGGAGGAUUGGGAAAAUGAGUCUUCCACCCGGCCCGGCAUACAGCAAACCAGUUCGAUGGCGGACACACAAGCGCUGGUAGCUGCCGUUGGGCUUGGCAGUGGUUUGACUGCCCCGGUAGGACCGCCGACCGGUGCAGGCGUGAUGAUACCUCCGGCGAUAAGGCAGGGAUCACCGAUGAGUGCGGUUUCACCGUCGGGCGGUGCACCGAUGGGCAAAAUGCCGUCCGGUAUUAAGACAAACAUUAAGUCUGCUAACCAGGUGCAUCCUUACCGUUAG